AACAGAUUAAAGUAAUAUGAAGGAAUACUAUUCUAUUGGACGUGUGUCGAUAAGCAAACUUCAAAAUAAAUAAUUACGUCCAAUCAACAAUUAUUGCAUUAAAUGAAUACGAAAAAAGAUGAAGGUAAUCGACGGUUAAAAGAUCACGAUAAUGAUAAACGCCUAAAUGAUAAUCACGGUAAUAAUAGACGCCUGAAUAAUGACCACGAUGAUGAUAGAAGCCUAAAUGCUGAUCACGGUAAUGGUAGACACCUUAAUGAUUGUCAUGAUGAUGAUGAACGGUUAAAUGAUGAUUACGAUACUGAUGGACGUUUUAAUAACUACCGCGAUGAUGACAGACGACUAGCUGUUGAUCACAAUGAUGAUAGAUGGUUAAAUGAUGACCAUGAUAUUGAUGGACACCUUGAUGAUAACGAUGGUAAAAGACGCGUAAUAAAUGAUGAUGACGAUAAUAAUAAACGCCUAAAUGAUGAUCACGAUAAUAAAAGACGCCAAAAUGGUGAUUUCGAGCCGGCUGUCAGUAUACGCAAAACGACGAAUUGGGAAAUGUAUGGAGUAAAACAUUUCCGAUACAAAGGAUACAGAAAAAAUUCUCCUCUUCUCUAUCAAACAUUUGAUGGCGACCUAAGCAUACAUAAUGAUAUUUUUGGUCUAACCAUUCAUCAGUUUGAAAGAGAAUUCCGAUCCUGUUUGCAACGAAGGAUAAUGCAUGAGCAGUCGAUCUUAAAUAUAAGAUUUCCUGAUAAAACUAGCAAUGAUUACCUGGAGUAUUUAGAGGAUUGUGAGUUUAAAUCAGAAGGCCACACUUCUGAAUUUUGCUUCAAAGAAAAAUGCCGCUUCCAACGUUUACAAAAAAUAGUAGGUACAGAGAAAGUAGUCAGAUCAAGACAACGAUUGUUAAAGUUAAAUGAUUUUGUAGACAACAAUGCUGGUCUUGGUACCACAAAGUUAUCAAGUGGGAGUCUAGCGGAAGGGCUUGAUUUACCAGGAAGUGACAUUGACAUCAUGUACAUAGUUCACAACAUAGAUGUUGUUCAAGAUGUGAAAGAAGUUUACAGGCCAGGACAUGCUACAUUUUUAAUGGAAAAAUGCAAUAAAUAUCCCGGAUUUGCCAAAUUGAAACUCUUAACAAAACAUAAAGCUUGUGUUUCAUUUUUAGUCCAGACAGAAACAGGUAUUUAUUUUUCAAGUCAGAGAUUAAUGAAGUUUUUGCUUGGAACUAAAAGUAAUGGGCAAAUUCACGGUCCGUGUCUCUCAGACCCUUAUCAACAUGAAGAUAUAGCAUUUUGUCUUCGCUCACGUAUUUGGCCUUGUGAAGCCGUGAACUGGAUCUAUCGUCGAAGGCGAUGGCAAUGGCCAUCUGAUGGAUUAGUGGAAAGUAUUACAAGAUACGGCAUUUUACUUGUACCAAUAGGUCCAAAAUAUAAUGAAAACGAGGAGUUGUGGUGGAGAUUAUCAUUUUCAGUGGCAGAAAAAAAGCUAUGUCAUUCAUUCAAUUACACACAGUUGUUGUGUUACUCACUUCUGAAAAUGACCUUGAAAAACGUUAUAAACAAGAAUGACCACGUGAAAGACCUUCUAUGCUCAUAUUUCAUGAAAACGACUUUGUUUUGGGUUUCUGAAGAGAUUUCAAUCGACCAGUUUCAAGUUUCAAAUUUGAUGGCAUGUUUCGAAUUGUGCCUCGAUAAACUUACAAAAUGCAUCGAUGUAUGCUAUUUACCUAACUAUUUCAUUCCAGAACAAAACUUGUUCAAAGGUAAAAUUAACACAUCAAAUAACAAAACUUUGUUGUCUGUAUUUACUGAUAUGAAAUAUCACGGAAUGGAAGCUUUAGUUCAAAAAGUGUUGAGUUCAAAUGACAUUGUAACGUUCUCUCCUGUUGUAGAACAUGUAGAAAGAGACGAGCCUUUUAAACUGGAAAUAUUAUUUUACAAGAUUCUUUUAACUUCUAUAGCAUGCGUUGCAAGUUCGAAUGUGGAAAAAUAUUACACUAUAUUAGCUUUAUUAAAACAAAUAUCGUUAUCUGAAUCUUCAGCGUUUUUGAGAGAUGUAUUCAAAUUUUAUCAUGGAUUUUUCAAUCAACAAGUGACACAGAUGUUAUUUUCCACAUUCAGUAAGAACAAACAACGUUAUUUUCUGAGUCGUAAAAUAUUACGUGAUGGCACAAUGGCAGACGCUGGUUCGGGCUGGUUGUUGAGUGCGUCAUUCUUUUACGCAAUAAAAAACUAUAACGUGGCAUUACGGAUCGUGGAUUCUAUAUUAUCUCGUUGCUCACCGGACAUGUUGUACUUGGGUUGUUUCUUCUAUCUGUCUAAAACGUUUUGCACGUAUCAACGUCUUGCGCACUGUCAACAAAUUACUCUUAAGGACAGGAUAAGACUCGCAACAAUAGGCGACAUAAUAUUUUUGAAAGGCUCACUGUUGAUACCGAGAGAACUGCAGUAUGAAGUUAAGGAUUUCAAAUUGAGAGUUCCCCCUGUUGUAAUGUGUCAUUGUCUCCAGUUCUUGUGUUACCAUCAUCUCAAUGAUUUUUACAAAAGAAAACUAUCAUUACAGGACUUGCGUCGUACGAUACAAAAUGAGUAUUUCUUAGCUAAAAAUGAGAAGUCUGUGUGCUAUACUCUUCUAGGUGUUUGUUAUGAAAUAUCAAAUAAUAUGGAUUUAGCUUACCGUAGUUAUGUCAACGCAGUUCGUUGUGAAGGAGACUUAUGCAAAAGUGCAAAGCUCAGAUUAGAAAAAAUAAUAUCAACACGAAUGAAUGGGGUUCCUGUGGAGGUCUUUGUUCGGCGAUGAUUUAACACUAUACUACAACAAAAGGGCUGUGAAUUACUUAUAUUACAAGUACACAUAAAGGUCUGGUUUGAUCGAUCAGCGUAUUAUCUUAUUACAUUAAAGUAUAUAUAUAUAUAUCUUGCAAGUUCUUUUUGCAUGUUGUGAAGUUGGAAGUUGUGUGUCCACAGUGUACGACGGGUAUGUUCCAGUUGUCGUAAGCACAGUCUAUUCCUCUUUACAUCAAAUUUGACCUACCAAAUUAGACAUAUAACCGACUUUGUACUUAAACGAGCAGCACGACAUGUGCCACAUGUGGAACAU